CACAGAGACAUCAUGCGCACUCUGCUUACUCUCCUCUGCCUCUCCCUGGCCGGGACGAGAGGAGCGGGGGCGUCGGACCCCGACAUGCCCUUCAUGGUGUACCUGGACCUCAACCAGCUGGUUUGCCUUGAGUGGGGCUUUGAUAAACUGCAAGGAGACAUUACAUUCAAACUGACUGUCAACACCACGGGCUGGGUGGGCUUAGGCUUCAGUCCGAGCGGAAUAAUGAAGGGGGCAGAUAUGGUCAUAGGGGGAGUUGGACCCAGUGGAAACUACUUCACAGAUCGUCACGCCACGGGGAAAUCCAUGCCUUUGGUGGAUACGCAUCAGAGCUACACUCUCCUGUUUCUGAAUGAAAGUGAAGGACGAACCAUCAUGAAGUUUCAGAGGGCCCUUCAGACGUGUGACGACCAGGACUUCCACAUCACUGAUCAGCCCAUUAAGCUGAUCUAUGCCUAUGGAACGACAGAUGAGGUCAGUUACCACAACAAACGCAGAGGCACCAAGGAGGUCAACCUGCUGAACUACAUGCCCAGGUCCUCCCUACCUAUCUCCAGCUAUAUCAGCGCCACAGUGGAAAAUGUCACUGUCCCUGCCAUUCAUACCUACUACCACUGCAAAGUCAUGAAGUUUCCAAACUUAAGAACAAAACAUCACAUUUAUCUUAUUGUCCCAGAAAUCGAGCACCCUGACAUUGUUCAUCACAUGCUACUGUACCGCUGUCCCUCCUCUGUGACCGAGACGUACGACAACCAAUGCUUCGUCGGAGACAAAGGGGACAUUUGCUUCGGGGUGGUGGCUGCAUGGGGAGUGGGAGGAGGGGUGUAUGAGCUUCCAGAAAAUGUGGGUAUUCCUGUUGGAGGUGGAGACAGUGAUACACUCUACAGGCUGGAAAUCCAUUACAAUAACGUACACCUUGAAGCAGGAAGGACAGACAACUCAGGGCUCAGACUCUACUACACAGCCCAACUCCGGGAGCAUGAUGUGGGCAUCCUGAUGACAGGUGUGCUACCUUUUGACCACAUACAAUACAGAAUCCCUCCAAACGUGCAACAGUUCCACACCUAUGGCGUGUGUAACACCACUCUCUUUUCUCAGUCGAUGGAUUCUGUGCCUGACCUUCAAGUGUUUGGUGUCCUGUUGCACACUCACUUGGCUGGGAGGCAAGUCAGAGCUGUCCACUACAGAAAUGGAAAGCAGAUUAACUCCUUGGCUUUUGAUGAAAACUACAGCUUUGAAGUUCAGCAGAUUGUCAAUAUGGGAAAAAUCAAGACCAUCAAGCCGAAUGAUGAGAUUGCAGUGGAGUGCAUCUACAACACUCUGAAUCGCACUAAAGUCACCAAGAUGGGGUUGGGGACCACUGAUGAGAUGUGCUUGGCCUUUCUAUUCUACUACCCUGCAAUCGGGAUCACCUCAUGUAUAAGCCACCCAAUGACAAAUGCUCUAUUGAAUACAUCCUACGAGGUGUCUGACAACACCACUCUAAACUAUGAUGAGAUUGUCGAGUAUGAGAAUGUGCUAAAGAGCCUUCCACAGAUUCAGCUGGUCACCGAUGUUGAACACAAUGUCACGUACAACGCAAAUGGCUUCAUCAGGGAGAUGAAGAAGAAUCCGACUUUAACUUGUUUGAAUGCGUCGACUCGACUCUACAUUCCCUGGAUAAUGAACCCAGGAGCAAUCAUGCUUUUUCUGCUCUGGACUGCAAUAAUGUAAAGUCUUUUUAUGAGCAACAGAUCAAAUGUAUUGUAUCUAUAACUAUUUUGUACUUCUUUUGUAUGGCAUUUUAUGUGUAUUGUGUCUUUUCAUAUAUUUUCUCUUUGGUGUUCACUUUAAAUCAAGGAUCAGGUGCCAUGUUAUUAACUAUCAUAUUGAUUAUCGUACUGAGAUUUACAUUGCUAUCUCACUUUAAACUCUGUUUUAUAAAAGCAUAUAUUAGUAGGCCAUAUCUGCCUGGAGACAUGUUAGUCUACUACCAUAGAAUGUAUAUUAAAAUGGACGACAUGUCUCCUCUUCCUUCCACUAUGAAAUGAAGCCAAAAUAUUGCCUAUAUAUACUACAUAAUAAUUUAGGUACAUUUAGUCCAUGUACAUGCCAGUGUUAGAAUAUUAGAAUAUAAGGCACUAUCUAUGUUUGUUAACAUAGCUGUGUUUAUAAUUUG